AUGUCUCCGUUGAAAGAAUAUUUGAAGAAAAAGGUAGCGGUUAUAACGACAGACGGCUCAUAUUUUGUGGGCGUGCUAGAAGGGUUCGAUGGCCCAACAAAUAUUGUUCUGCGGCAGGCCGAAGAGCGUAUAUUGUCGGAUCAGCCCGCCAAAAUACAAUAUCUUGGUUUAUAUAUAAUACGAGGCGAACUGGUGGCGACGAUUGGCCUAGUAGACCACGAGCUAGACUCGAAAAUCGACUGGAGUACGGUCAGGGCCGAGCGCAUUGGCACCACGCGACACAAGUACUGA